AUGAACGCAAUUACCGACUCGUUUGUGGAAAAUGCUUCGUUACACAAUGUAAAAGAUCCCCGUUGGUUGCAAGUUGAAGUUUGUAGGGAAUUUCAGCGUGGAAAAUGCGCAAGAGCGGAGUCGGAAUGUCGAUUUGCACAUCCAGAUGAAAACGUACAAGUUGAAAAUGGAGGAAAAGUUACAGCUUGUUUUGAUUCAAUGAAG